ACAGGACAAUGCAUACCACCGACUGCCGACUGUAAACAUAGGGGAUAUGUGUUCACUUAGCAUGGACUUCUGGGAGGGGCCAAGGAAGGGCGGUCUGGAGUUUUAUUGAAUAGAGCAGUGUGUAUUAGGCUGCUUGCCUGCCUGCUUUCUCUCUUGCUGUGCUCCUGCUUAAAGAAAUCAGUCCUUCCUUUCUGACUUAGUCCUCGGGAAGAAGUUUCAGCCUACGAGGUAUCAUUAAAACAUUUCAAGGUCAUCACAUUGAAUUCCACUAGAAUUGGUGAUCAAUCAGAAAGCUUGGAAGUGGACAUCUGAUUGCUUCUCUAUCCAGACAUUAUCUGGUCUCCCUAAACCUGAAACCACAUCAUGGAUGACUUUGAACGUCGCAGAGAACUUAGGAGGCAGAAGAGGGAGGAGAUGAGGCUCGAAGCAGAAAGAAUCGCCUACCAGAGAAAUGAUGAUGAUGAAGAAGAGGCGGCCCGGGAACGGCGCCGCCGAGCCCGACAGGAAAGGCUGCGGCAGAAACAAGAGGAAGAGUCCUUCGGACAGGUGACCGACCAGGUGGAGGUCAAUGCCCAGAACAGCGUGCCCGAUGAGGAGACCAAGACGGCCACCCCAAACACGCAGGUGGAAGGUGACGAUGAGGCUGCGCUCCUGGAGCGCCUGGCUCGGCGAGAGGAAAGACGCCAGAAGCGCCUUCAGGAAGCUCUGGAACGGCAGAAGGAGUUGGACCCCACAGUGACCGAGCCAAGCCUGUCGCUCCCAAGCAGAAGAAUGCAGAAUGACACGGCAGAAAACGAAACUGCGGAGAAGGAAGACAAAAGCGACAGUCGCCAAGAGAGAGAUGAGAUAGAGGAAACCGAAAUAGUCACCAAGUCCUACCAGAAGAAUGACUGGAGGGACGGCGACGAACCAAAGAAAGAAGACAAGGAAACAGAGGAGGAGGAAGAAGAGCAGCCAAAGCCAGGGAGCAUUGGAGAAAACCAGGUAGAGGUGACGGUAGGAGAGGAAAUCACAGAAACCCAAGAGGAAGCAGUGGUCAUGCCGCUGAAAAAUGGGGAAAUCGGUGCAGAAGAGCCUCAGCUAGAGCAGCAGCGGGAGCGUGGCCCAGAGGAGAGUCCCCAGAAUGAACAGAUGGAGCAGGAGGAGAGGGAAAGAGCUGAGGCAGAGAGGGCGAGGCUGGAGGCAGAGGAGAGAGACAGAAUGAAAGCCGAGCAGGACAGAAAGACAGCAGAAGAGCAAGCGAGAAUUGCAGCAGAAGAAAAAGCAGCUGCACAAGAGAGAGAAAGGAGGGAUGCGGAGGAGAGGGAGAGGGUCAAGGCAGCAGAGGAGAAGCGAGCUGCAGAGGAGAGGGAGAGGGCCAAGGCAGCAGAGGAGAAGCGAGCUGCAGAGGAGAGGGAGAGGGCCAAGGCAGCAGAGGAGAAGCGAGCUGCAGAGGAGAGGCACAGGGCCGAGGAGGAGAAGGCUAAGCUAGAAGAGCAGAAACGUAAAAAGCAGCUAGAAGAGAAAAGAAACGAAACGCGAGAGACAAAGAUGAAAGGGGGAAAGGGAGAAGAGAAAAUAGAAGGGAAAUGGGUAAAUGAAAAGAAAGUGCAAGAAGAUAAACUUCAGACAGCUGUCCCAAAGAAACAGGAAGAAGAAAAGGGAGCUAAAGUGCAAGCUAAAAGAGAAAAGUCCCAAGAAGACAAGCCUACCUUCAAAAAAGAAGAGAUCAAAGAUGAGAAGAUUAAAAAGGACAAAGAGCCCAAAGAAGAAGUUAAGAGCUUUAUGGAUCGAAAGAAAGGGUUUACAGAAGUGAAGUCACAGAAUGGAGAAUUCAUGACCCACAAACUUAAACAUGCUGACAAUACUUUCAGCAGCCAGAGCCGCCCGGGAGGGAAGGUCGGCGGGGACCCCAGGGAGGCGGAAGGCGCCCCCCGGGUGGAAGCCGGCAAGCGCCUGGAGGAGCUCCGCCGCCGCCGCGGGGAGACCGAGAACGAAGAGUUCGAGAAGCUCAGACAAAAGCAGCAGGAGGCGGCCUUGGAGCUGGAGGAGCUGAAGAAAAAGCGGGAAGAGCGGAGGAAGGUCCUGGAGGAGGAAGAGCAGAGGAGGAAGCAGGAGGAAGCCGAUCGGAAAGUCCGAGAGGAGGAAGAGAAGAGGAGGCUAAAGGAAGAGAUUGAAAAGCGAAGGGCAGAAGCUGCCGAGAAACGCCAGAAGAUGCCAGAAGAUGGCGUGUCAGAUGACAAGAAGCCGUUCAAGUGCUUCACUCCUAAGGGCUCAUCUCUCAAGGGGACAAAAACUGCGAAACCUAUAAAGCCAGCAGCCUCAGAUCUUCCUGUUCCUGCAGAAGGUGUCCGCAAUAUCAAGAGCAUGUGGGAGAAAGGGAAUGUGUUUUCAUCCCCCACUGCAUCAGGCACACCAAAUAAGGAAACUGCUGGUCUGAAGGUGGGGGUUUCUAGUCGCAUCAAUGAAUGGCUAACUAAAACCCCAGAUGGAAACAAGUCACCUGCUCCCAAACCUUCAGACUUGAGGCCAGGAGACGUAUCCGGUAAGCGGAACCUCUGGGAAAAGCAAUCUGUGGAUAAGGUCACUUCCCCCACUAAGGUUUGAGACAUUCAAGAAAAAACCCAAGCUCAAGACGCUGGACCAGCUCAGUUGUAGAGGGCUAAUUUGCUCUGUUUUAUAUUUAUAUUGAUUUACUAAAUUCGGUUCAUUUUCUUUGUUUUAUUUUUCAAUAUCCCAGUAAACCCAUGUAUAUUAUCACUAUAUUUAAUAAUCACAGUCUAGAGAUGUUCAUGGUAAAAGUACUGCCUUUGCACAGGAGCCUGUUUCUGAAGAAACCCAUGCUGUGAAAUAGAGACUUUCUACUGAUCAUCAUAACUCUGUGUCUAAACAGUGAUACCAACUGCAAGUUUGAAAUUGCCUGAGGAAUGUGUGCAGUAUCUAGAAAAAUAAGCCGUAGUUUUUGUUUUUUUAAAUACAGAGGUCAUGCUGUUUCUGCACUUUAUAAUAAAGCAUGGAAGAAAUUAUCUUAUGAGGCAAUUGUAACACUUUCUGAAAGUAACCCAUUUCAGAUUUGAUAUACUGCAAUAAUGAUUGUCUUUGAAAAAAAAAAACGUACUGUUAAGGUAUUACUUUUUUUCAUGCUGAUUCAUAUCUAAAUCGGAUUAUGUUAGCUGACAGUGGUACUGAUUUUUUUUAGGUUGGUUGCUUUGUGGAUUUCUUUGGUAGUCAUGGUAGCCUGAACCACAUUCUAAAUUACCUGAUUAUGUAUGUAUGUGCAUACACGUAUACAAACACACUAAUGGUAGAAUGCUUUUUUAUGUGCUAGACUAUUAUAUUUAGUAGUAUGUCCUUGUAACUAGCCAAUAUCACAGCUUUUUAAAAGUUAAAAGUCACAAUAUUAUAUUAAUAUUUCAUAUUUGCCAAAAGAAACAUGGCAGAUAGGUAUCGAUAUGUUUUUAAUGCCUGAUGACCUAUAAGAAAAAAGUAUUGAAAAAAGAGAGAUUACAAGUGUCAAAAUGAGUUGAAAGUUUCUAUAAGACAUAGUAUUUAGUUUAUAACUAAAGGCAAUCUUGAAGUCCAGUGUGAAUUUUAUUAAAUCUACCAUCUGGAUCAAGCUCAACAUCUGCUUACUCCUAACAAAGUUCAUAGUAGGUUGACCUAAAUGAUACCUAAGAUACCUUCCUUCUCUAAAAUUUAAAAGCAAGAAUUUUAAGGAUAAUAUUGUACAGACUGUAAUUCCAUGUGUGGGUCUAAACAAAGACCAGCUUUGAAAGAAGUUUUCUUAUGGAAGCAGAGAAGUGAAGUGAGCAAAAGUCAGUAUUUAGGAAGCAUGACAGCACUUCCACCUUGCUCUGAAACAGUACCCCAUGUUAUUCUGAAUCAUUUUUUAAAUUAAACUUUUCUACCUUUAAUA